ACCAGGCUGCACCCCUCGCUCAUGCAAGAGAAUCGCCUCCAGCUGCUCCCCACAGCACAGCAAGGCGGAAGGAAGAUUCAAGCCUGGCAAGGAGAAAAGACAACUCCGCCGCUCUGCAGCUUCACGGCUUCUCCUCGCUGCCUUCUGCUGCUCCCGGCAGCGCCUCGCCGCCAUUCUUUGCUCCUUGGAGCCCCUUCCCGCCGCUGCCGCUGCUUUCGGGGUUUCCGCUGCGCUCCCAGCUCGGCGCCGGCCCCUGCCGGCCUCUGAUUGGUCAGCGGCAUUUCCAUCCCGCCCCCGGUGGCCUCUGAGUGGUCAGCGGCAGGUCCAUCCCGUUCCCUCCGGCAUCUCAUUGGUCAGCGGCAGCUCCGUCUCGACCUCGCUGGCCCCUCAAUGGUCAGCGGCAGCUCCGUCCCGCCCCCGGUGGCAUCUCCCCGGAUGCGGGCAGCACCGAGACGGAAGCGCGGCAGGACGGGAGCGGUGCUGAGGACAGCGGCGCCGGAGGUGUGCGGGAGAACGGCUCCAUGCCGGGGAGAGAAACCGAGCGCGGCCCGAAUCCCCCCGCCAUCCCCUCCGCUCCCCUCUGCUCCGCUCCGCCGUGGGAUGCGGGGAUUUGGGACGGCUGAAGGACUCGGGGCCCCCACCGCCGCAGCGCUGCUGCCCGCAUCCGGGCCGGGCCCCCCCGAGCCUCCAGCGCUGCUCCCGGUGCCCCCCGGGGCUGAGGUGGCAGGAGCCGGGCAGCGGUACUGCAGCUCGUCUGGCAGCUUUGCAGCUCAGUUGGGAAGUAGAAGAUGUGGCUGUGAAAGAAGAAGUCGGUUGCUGGGACGUCCCCCUGUUCUUCCCCUAGCUGUCCCCUUGCCUCAGCCUGGAUUCCCCUUGCAUUCCAGCACAGCUCUUCGUGCAGCAGCAAAGCUCCUUCCUGAUUGCUGUGGCGUUACUUCACUCUCCUCAUCCCUGACAGGACCCCCAUCACCAUCCCAGGACCCCCAUAGCCCACUGAUGAGGAACCCCGCAGCAAUCCACAUCUCAGGAUGGGGCUCCAGCUGUGCCCCAAUGCCUGCAUUAAAGAGAGGAGAAUGAAUGAG